UAUAAUCUAGUGGACGGUUCUUCAUAAACAGCUCGUCAACCACCUCGGUAGCUUGCUAGCCAACAUUCCCGAAAGAUUCAAGCUAUUUAGACGCUUUCGGUGUAUAUUAGCUACUGUGUUUUAGCCACACUUCUGUCGUAUCUACUUGUUAACCUAUUUAAUUUAAUAUUACGUUAUUUGUUAUUAGUCAGCUAUAGUAGCUGGCUGGUUAAGUUAGCACUAGGCUAGUCGCUAAUGAUAGCUAGCUAGCUAACAUCCCCGAACAUGAGCUCCCUAAACUACUCCCCUCUUGUUAAAGAAGAGGAGGUCUGCUGGACGGAGAAAGGAGGUCUGUGGCUGAACGUUGUCGUGAAAGAGGAGGAGGAAGAGGAGGAUGUCACAGUAAAACAAGAAGUAGAGGGUGAGGCUGUUACAGUGAAAGAAGAAGAGAAAGACGUUUCAGUGAAAGAAGAGGAAGACGCGUUCAGAGUUAAAGAGCAGGAAGAUGAGAAAGAGGAGGAUGUCGUUUUUGGUGUGAAAGAAGAGGUUGGAGAUCCGUUUAACACCAGAGAAAGACCAGACUCUCCCUCUGACAGCAGGAAGAGUCCUUCAGGGGAACCAGACCCAGAGAUGCCCAAACCAGCCAAAGGAUAUCACUGCUCCCACUGCGGAAAGAGUUUUACUAAGUUACGAAACCUAAAAGAGCAUGAGAGGACACACACAGGAGAAAAGCCUUUCCAAUGUUCCCAGUGUGGAAGGAGUUUUAGUCAGUUAGGGAGCCUGAAAAUACAUAAGAGAAUACACUCUGGAGAGAAGCCUUACCGCUGCUCCCACUGUGGAAUUACUUUUACCUGGUUAGGAAGCCUGAAGUCACAUGAGAGAAUACACACAGAAGAAAAGUCCUACCACUGUUCCCACUGUGGAAAGAGUUUUAGGUGGUUAGAAGGCCUGACAAAGCAUGAGAGGACACACACAGGAGAAAAGCCCUACCAAUGCUCCCACUGUGGAAAGAGUUUUACUCAGUUGGGGAACCUGAAAUCACAUCAGAGGAUACAUACACAGGAGGAGAAGACAUACCACUGCUCUCAUUGUGAGAAGACAUUUUCCCAGUCAGAGGACCUGAAAUCACAUGAGAGAAUAGAGAGGCUGUGUUCUGACUUAUGUUUUUGACUGAGAAUUAGUGUUUUUGUUCAUGCCAAAUGAAAUCGUAUUGUUUAUAUGAAAUCAUUAAAAAAACACCUUUACUUUUUUUUUUUUUUUUUUUUUAUCUGGAGACCUGAUCAUGUCUAAAAUCAGAUAAAAUAUUUUAAAAUAUGUAUUUUUUUUCUUCUUAUUAGCCUCGAUUGAUUGGAUGCAAAAUGUCAACCCUAUGAUGUUGUUCACUAUAUUAUUUGCAAAAUGUAAAUUAUUAUAUAAGUAAGUAGCCUUCUAGAACAGCUCAUAGAAACAGGAGCCUUGUCUUGUAUGAUCCAGAACGUCUGUCUGACAUUGUGAGAGUAAUAAGGAAAAUAUUUUUAGUUUUCAUUGUAUUUCCAUAUCUUGACAGGCUAUACAUAAUUUGACCGCAUCACUGCAUUUCUAACGAUUACAAUCUGUAUAAAGUCCAGUAAUUUGUUACAUUAGAGGCACGUGUGAAAGGUAAUCCAUUCUGUAAAUACUGUUAAAAGACUAAGAGAUAAUACAUUUUGAAAUGGAAGGAGAGAUGUCUGAUCUGCUCUGUUGGAACAUUUUGCCACACUGCCAUAGACGCCAUCACACAACAGGUUGAAGUCAAAGAGGGGUUUCUUUGACAUGAUGUCAUCAAUGGGUUCCCAAAUAUGAGCAGAAGAUGCUGCUGAAUGUGUGGCCAUGACUCACGACUCAUUCAGUUCUGCAGAACAGCAGUGUGUUGUCUAUACCCUUACAGGAGGAAGCUGUUGAGGGUGGAUGGCUUAUUGGGGAGUGUUGUCUACUCAUUCAACGUAUAUUUACCUUCUUGCUAAAGCAACUUGAGUUAUAAUAGUCCUCUCUCUGUGUUCUUACUGGUUAAUCUCUCUGUGUUCUUAUUGGUUAAUCUCUCUGUGUUCUUACUGGUUAAUCUCUCUGUGUUCUUAUUGGUUAAUCUCUCUGUGUUCUUAUUGGUUAAUCUCUCUGUGUUCUAAUGGGUUAAUCUCUCUGUGUUCUUAUUGGUUAAUCUCUCUGUGUUCUUACUGGUUAAUCUCUCUGUGUUCUUAUUGGUUAAUCUCUCUGUGUUCUUAUUGGUUAAUCUCUCUGUGUUCUUAUUGGUUAAUCUCUCUGUGUUCUUAUUGGUUAAUCUCUCUGUGUUCUUACUGGUUAAUCUCUCUGUGUUUUUAUUGGUUAAUCUCUCUGUGUUCUUAUUGGUUAAUCUCUCUGUGUUCUUAUUGGUUAAUCUCUCUGUGUUCUUAUUGGUUAAUCUCUCUGUGUUCUUAAGCCACAACGGAGACAAAUUAAAGCUGUACUCAAGUUGUAAUCAAACUUUGACACGAGCACCUCUAUUUCAGUCUCUGAAAAGUUUUAUUUUUUCAUCGCUUUUUUUGUUGUUGAUUGUGUCAUAUUUCAUGGUACGGUGUUGUAUAUUUUCCCCGUGGGCUUUAUCAAAGGGAUGAUUUUGACCAUAUAUGGUUAAUUAGGGGCAUUUCGAAAUGCAAAUAGCCAAGGUGGUGCACCAGCACUGACGCUCAGAACAAUUUGUAUUUUAUUAAUGGUUAUCUCCUACCAGUGUGCUGUGACACUCGUAGGGUUGUUUGACAAAUCACACCUUUUCUAUGCCUACAAACAUUCUAAAUUCCAUUCGAAAGUAGUAUUUGGAAUAUAUAUAUAUAUAUAAUAUAUAUAAUAGUUUCUACACAAUAUUGAUACAUGAGGCUCCAGGACUCUUCGCUGGCCACUCCAAAAUAGAACACUCCAGAACAGAACACUCCAGAACAGAACACUCCAGAACAGAACACUCCAGAACAGAAGACUCCAGAACAGAACACUCCAGAUUUGAUUUGAGUUCAGGGUUGUUGUCCUGCUGGAAGACCUACAACCUUCAACAGAGACACAGACGUCAAUUCAAUGUCUAGCAACUGGAACGAGCUGCAGAAAACAGUAAAACUGGACAGUUUUAUAUCUUCAUUCAAAGACUCAAUCAUGGACACUCUUACUGACAGUUGAGGCUGCUUCGUGUGAUGUAUUGCUGUCUCUACCUUUGUGCUGUUGUCUCGGCCCAAUAAUGUUUGUACCAUGUUUUGUGCUGCUGCCAUGUUGUGCUGCUGCCAUGUUGUGUUGUCAUGUGUUGCUGCCUUGCUAUGUUGUUGUCUUAGGUCUCUUUAUGUAGUGUGGUGUCUCUCUUGUCGUGAUGUGUGUUUUAUCCUAUAUUUGUAUUCAUUUUUAAUCCUAGUCCCCGUCCCCGCAGGAGGGCUUUUGCCUUCUGGUGGGCCUUCAUUGUAAAUAAGAAUUUAUUCUUAACUGACUUGCCUAGUUAAAUAAAGGUUAAAAAACACACUCUA